CAAGCGGCGCCCUGUCUCGGCUGGCCUCUCCUGGGCGCGGGGAGGAGCGGUCCUGCGUCCAAAGGAUGGUUGGGUUGAGGUGCUUGGGAGACGACGAGACCGUCGAGGCGAGAAGAGUCAGUCUUCCUACAGCUUCCACUCCGCGAGGGUGUGUGACGCUGUUCUCCGCGCUCCCACACCCACUCGGUUACGAAACCAAAGUUUUCGUAACCUCUUAUUUAAGGAUUUAGAAGAAUAGCCGUGACAUCAUCUUGAUUUUGCUGAUCACAUAAGUGGCUACAUAGCUGGCGUAUUGAAGCAAUCCACUUGUAGUUCAGUAAUUUACAGAAAAUUUUAUUUGAAACGUUCCGCGACAGCUCGACACUCGUGGCGAGGAGUGCCAUUACGGAACCAACAGCAGCACGGCAGGUCGGCGUAGACCUUAUCUGGGACUGUCCAGUGCAAUGACCUGUGUACAGUAAGCGUCCCCCUGGCCGCGGCGUGCGAUGCGGCAGCCAUGAAUGUUAACUCGUGAAGUGAUACGAACCUGCGAGGAGGUUCAGGUGCCUUGGCGUGCCUGCGUCCAGUGUUGUGGUGGUGUCGCGUUGCACAGGGAUGGCGGGAACACAUCCACGGCAAGCCAGUGUUCGGCUGCCACUGGUUGUGACCUUCAUAACGCUGCUGUCAUCUCACCUUGUCAACUCCGAGGAUGCAGGUCGGGCGACGGAGGUGCGGGUCGGGCUGGGUCAGCAGGCCGUCCUACCGUGCACAGCUGAUGCCGUCAGGGUAGGGGGCGCGCACCACGUGACGCACAUUGUGUUCUCGUUUGUCACCCGACGAGGAACAGCGCCCAUCUACAGAGUGAACAACCAGGGAGGGAGGGUGACGCACUGGGCCGCGAGGGGUUACGAGAGGCGGGCGCUGGUUCACUGGCGGCCCGGCUCGUCCCUCGCCCGCCUCGUCCUGGAGAAGGCGGUGCUGGCGGACGAGGGGAUUUACGGCUGCCACGUCUACACCACCACGUCCUCGUCACACACCACGUCCACCGUCAGCCUCAGCGUGUUUGCACCACCCACGUCCCUCAGAAUCUACAGUGACCUCGAUCCGGGGAAUGAGGUCACGGGGGAGGUGGGACCCUAUGACCUAGAGGAGGUGGUGACCUUCUCCUGUAGGGUCACUGAAGGUCACCCACGCCCGACGGUGACGUGGUAUGAGGGGUCACGCAUCCUACAAGACACCCACGUGACCCAUACUGACCUCACGCACUCCGCCACCACGAGGUCAGAUGUCACAGUGGGCCCCUUGACGCGUGAGGAUCUGUACAGGAAUUUGACUUGUCGCGCUUCAACCAGUGACCUGUUCGAGCCCCUGGAGGCCUCUGUCACGCUGGAUCUGCGCUAUCCCCCCAACAGCGUGCGCAUCGCCGGGGAGUGGGAGGGACAGCUGACGGUGCGGGCGGGCGCGGCGAGGAAGGUGGCAUGUUUGGUGGCCGGCGGCAGACCCACGCCCACCAUCACCAUGAGUCUUGGCACCGACCCCUUGCCCUCCAGCCCUGAGGAGGAAGUCGAGGGCUCAGGGACGGUGUCUGUCACGGCUUCCAGAACUGAGAUAACCCCCAAAGAGGAGCAAGACGGGGGGAUACUGACGUGUUCCGCCCACACUCCGCCUUUCCAGCACAUCACGACUUCAGUUCGCCUCGUUGUGUUGUAUCCCCCGCGAGUCAGGAUCCGACACGGCCUCAACCUACCAAAGGAAAUCAAGGAGGGUGACGACUUCUUGUUCUACUGCGAAGUCACCGCGAACCCAAAAGUGGAGGAGGUGACCUGGACGCUGAAUGGCGAGACGGUGCAGAACGACCCGAGUCAGGGGAUCGACGCGCAUGGCUUGGAGUUGUAUCUUGAAGGGGUGAGCAGGUCGUCCUCGGGGGAGUAUCGAUGCUCUGCCAAGAACUCCGAGGGCGAGGCUGUCUCCGAGCCGUACUAUCUCAAAGUCAGAGGCAAGCCAGAAGCCGUGACCUCGUGCAGCGUGGCCACAAGCUCGCCCUCGGAGGCUAAGACAGUGACGAUGGAGGUGCGCUGUGUUGCCAAGGCCGACGGGGACCUCUCCAAGAUCUUUUACUUGAAGGUGAAGCGAAAGGGACAGCAGAAGGCGGAGAAGGGACAGCACCGCCAAGUGAAGCCUGUGUUUACUGUUAAGGGGUUGAAGCCGGGAGACUACGACCUGAUCGUCACAGCAACUAACGACCUCGGCAACAGUCCACCUUACACUUUCACCCACACCAUCCACGACCCUACAUCCCUUCCACCACCCUCUACCUCUACCUCUGCCUCUCCCCCCUCAUCCUCUUCCUCGGACUCUGCCUUUGAAUCCGCCUCCAAUUUAUCCUCACAGUCCAACUCAUCUCCUUCCUCCUCCUCUUCUCCGUCUUCUGCCUCAGCCUCCGCCUCAGUCUCCGUCUCACCCAGCGUCACCAACUCCGUCUCCGUCACCGCCUACACCACCGCCACCGCCACCUCAGCCGCAGCAUCCAUCUCACCCACGCCUUCCCUCUUCUCCUUCUCCCUCUCAACAUCCUUCUCCUCUCCAAUGCUUCCAGAGUCCACAGAUUCCUUCGAUUUCAAAGCCCCGUCUCUCCGCUCCUCCUCGUCCUCCUCCUCCUCCACCUCCUCCUUCCCCGCAUCUUCCCCCCCUGUGCGCUCCCCCUGGAAAAACCCCUGGGCUGUGGUGAUCCUGGUUAUUGUGGCACUAACGGCAGCGGGUCAGGUUGGGUGUCUCAUUCCUCAGCUUCUCGGCACCUUCUUCGUCAUCAAGUUGGACCAGCCGCCACCUCGUCGACGCCGGCCAGCCUCUCCUCGCUUUGUGCGCCGCAGAAAUAACAGUGCAAAUAGGGAGCUCAUCAGGGUCCACCGCAUGUCGGAGCCGCCGCUGCAGCUGCCAACCAUCACCAUCUCCCCCCCGCCGGCGUCCGCCCCCGUCACGCCCGUCUGCAGCAGGAAGGGAAGCAUUUCUCUGGAGGUCCCUGAGACGCCGAACUUCCUCAACACGCGGCGGGCCCCUCACGCCUCCGUGGACUCCAUGGAGCUGAGUUCGCUGUGCCCGUCCCUCAACAUGGAGCCGCUGGACACCUACUCGCUCCAGGACGAGUCUGUGCUGAUCGAGCCGCCGCGGAAUGGCUCGGUGCCGCUAGUUCGUCCCCAGAACGGUUGUACGCUCACACCCAAGCUCACCACGACCACGCCCAACACGCCCUUCCUGAACAACAACUUCCAGGACGCCUUCCUGCAGUACAACUUCAUAGAGAAAGAUACCCUUCGACGCGAACUGAAGCGUCCUCGCUCACGCCCCACGUCCCCCAACUUCCUGCUGCCCGGCACGGCGGCGGUGAUGGGGCGCCGCUACCUGCAGACGUGACGGAUGGGGCUGCGGGGGCUCCGAUGCGGCGCCUCGUUCUGUCUGCCGUAACGUCCCUUGAGGCAUGAAGGAGCACAAGGCAUCACUCAAAGCCAUGUUGGGAUGUUCUCGUCAGGCGCCCCGUGGACUUCAGUGAAAGACCCGUUUGUACAUAUAAGUGACUGAACAUUUAAAGUCAGCUUUGCAAAUAGCUGUGUGAGUGUGUGAAGUGCGAGCGUAUGUUUCGCGUUUGGUGCAUACCUGAGCGUUUAUACUCAAAGGCAAAAGUGAAACCAGACUGAGGAACACAAUAUCAGUGCCCAAAAAAAGUGGACUUAAUCUUAUAUAAACGUGUGAACCUCUUUUUUUUUUACCGCGAAACAGGACUCGCGCUCUGUCUAAUGUGCCAUGAGAGACUUUACCUGCCUGGAAACGUUGCCUGUCUGGCCGGCUGGGGAGAGGCGGGGCGAGGGAGAGGAGGUGAGGCUGUGAAGUGUGUCAGAUGGGGUGCAGUUGACCGGUGUUGAACCAUGCUUUAACGACUGUGUAUAUAGACUAUUGUCACUCGCCUCAUGGACACUCUCGGCUCGGCCCUUGGACUGACUAGUUGGAUUUCGUCUCCGUCUCCGUCAUCGUCCUUUGCUGUCUUUCCUUUCCUCUGCGUCCACAUCACAUCACACCAGGUCAUCCUUCUUCACACUCCAUAUUCACUCCUCCUCCUCCUCCUCCUUCUCCUCCUCUUCCCCAUCGUCCUUUUCCUCCUCUUCGGCCACACUACAUCAAACCUUUAUCCUACAUUCCACAUCUGCCCUCGCCUCCUCCUCCUUCUCCUCCUCUUCCCCAUCCUCCUUUUCUCCUCUUCGGCCACACCACAUCAGACCUUCAUCCUACACUCAACAUCUUCCUUCGCCUCCUUUUUCUCCUCCUCUUCCUCCUCCUCAUUUUCUUCCUCUUCAUUCAACUAUUACCCAACUAUUCCUGACUCUAUUACCUACCUAUUCUAUUCUACUGGUCAACCUUCAAUCGGUCAGUCAUCCGGUCAGUCAGUCAGCCAGUCAGUCAGUCAUGUUGUCUCCUAAUGGGGCAGAGUGCUUUACGAUGUUAUGAUAGAUGUUGUACAGUCCAGAUUUUUUAUAUACUGCAACUUAUAUAUGUGUACAGAGAUAUAGAUUUGCAUACGUUACAACACAUUCUUUACUAAAACAUAGAGUGAGUAAAGAUGAUAUUCUCUAA